CAUCCAUUUAGGGGUUUCGUAUCAAUUCGCACAAGACUUUCGGGCUGAAGACGGGCGGUGAUUCGAUGGACCUCUUCCCCAUCCGCCCUUAGAUCUGCAGUGCAGCACGAGACCCUGGUUCGCCCGAGAUCUUCAACGGAUUGCUGCACACGCGCAUCAUCGUCGUACGGCAUGUAAUAUCUCUCAAACACCUCCAAAUCACACAAAACCCCAAGUUCGCCACUCGGGAAAAGAAACACACCGUACCAACUUCAUACCCCAACGCCCGACCAUCAGCUCCAUCUCAGCAAGGACAAAGGACAAUGGCGCAAUACACCCUCAACCUCCUCCACUUGCCCCCCGAACUCCGCAACAAAAUCUACGAGCUCGUGCUUAACGACACCACCGACACCACCGACGCCAUCGUCUGCCCCUUCAUCCUGCAAUGCAGUCCUGGCAAGCGCAAAUACGGCUACAGCCUAACGCAGACAUGCCACCUGCUGCGCGACGAGACGCUGCACAUGUGGCAUGCAUCGUCGAAGCUGCUCUUCGCCAUGCGCGCCGAUAACAUGAAGUACUACGUCAACUGGCUACGGCGGCGACCUGCGGAGGUGUUUGCGAGUAUUCGCCGGAUUCAGCUGGAGGAUUACCAGCAUUGCCGAAUUAGGAGUCCUGAAAGGCAUCCGAGUUUCUGUCGGAAUGCCAUUGUCAUCAACUUGACGAAGCGCAUGCCCGUGAGCGUGAGGAAGGAUCGGAAGUGCAGGGAUUGUCCGCGCCACGACUCGGCGGCGGAUUGGGUGCAUGCUGUGGUGAGGAGUCUGGAGUGGAAGAAUGGUAGAUGGGCCUUGACGCGCGAGAAGCUGGAGCAGAUUUUUGAGGCGGCGGCAUGGUGAUUGAUGUGCCGCUUCCUUGAAAAGACGGAAGACGGAAUCCUCUUUCUCAACGAAAGGCCGCUCGGCUGCUUGUUGUGCCAUUGUCCAGUCUAUUUCGCAUGCGGAUUUAGGCGCUAAGCCGACGUCUAUCCCCGUCUGACCACAGCAAGCAAAUCGAUUGUACAGGCCUAUAUAAUGCAACCGAGAA